AUGCACCGCUUUGGACAGACCUUUGCCUCUGAGGAUAGUCUCUCCAUCACUCCUGGGGGCAUUCCCAACCUUUACCCUACCACCCAGGACACAGACAGGAGGCUCCCUGUGGUCACCACUGCACCGCCAAUCAACAUCCUGAAUCAUCACCCACUCUACCGGAACCCGCCCCAACACCAGGCCCACCCAGGCCCUCGUGGUCAGGCAAAGUACCUUGAAGACAGUGGAGGAUCAAGCUCUCAGAUUUCCACAUCACCAUCCAGGAGAACACUGGAUAACAGCGAUGAAAGGAUUUCAGAUGAGACUCCUGAAAGCUCCAACAUGCAAGCAACCCUUUCCAUACAUGCAUUAGCAACAACUUCUCUCUCCAGUGCACUUCUUCCAGUUACCAGCAGGGUUUUGAAAGGCCCAAAACAUUCUACCAUUAUCACCUCCAGUGAUACUGCUGCAAGGGAAAAGGGUGCAGGGGCAGGAAGUGAUGAAGAGGAGACAACCACCACCACUAUCACAACCACCACCAUCAUCACCACCAUGCAGAGUCCAGUUCCCUGCCAGCUGAACCUGACUGGUCCAGAAGGCUACAUCGAGGCUCCACCACACACCAAUUCUGCUUUUUACUCUACAACUGACUGCAACUAUAUCGUCACUGUCUAUACGGGCUAUGGAGUGGAGGUCCAGGUGAUGAAUGUGAAUCUUUCUGAAGGAGACAAAGUGGUCUUUGAAGAUGUUCUAAACAGUGAGAACACAGUCCUGGCCAACGAGUCCAUUCUAAUGAGGGGUUUGGUAGUAAGAAGUCACAGCAAUCAGAUCUCCAUCCGCUUCCACAGCAUCAAUCCUCAGGCUGGAGCAGUCCUUGUCAGAUAUCAAGCCUUCGUGUUGAGCUGUGUCUUCCCCAAGCAGCCUCUCUAUGGUGAUGUAUCAGUGAGCAGUCUCCACUCUGGAGGGCAGGCUUUCUUCUCCUGUUUGACGGGCUACAAGCUGCAAGGUUCCUCUGUGUUGACCUGCCGCAAUUCUAGCACACCCUACUGGAGUGGGAAGGAACCAAAGUGCUUAGCUGCCUGUGGAGGUCUGGUUAGGAACAUCACAGUUGGUCGGAUUGUCUCUCCUGGUUUUCCGAGUAACUACAGCAACAACCUAACCUGUCACUGGCUGCUGGAGGCCCCUGAGGGCCAGAGACUCCACAUCCACUUUGAGAAGGUAGCGCUGGCUGAGGAUGAUGAUCGGCUCCUGAUCAAGAAUGGCAACAGCAUAAAUGCAGCUGUACUGUAUGAUUCCUAUGAGGUGGAGUAUUUGCCUAAUGAAGGGCUCCUCAGCACAUCUAGGCAACUCUUCAUUGAGCUUACUACAGAUGCCACAGGAACAUCAACUGGCAUAGCCAUUAGGCAUCAAGCUUUUGCAGUGGGUCACUGCUAUGAACCCUUUGUGAAGUACGGUAACAUGACCAGCACUGACAACACCUGGUCAGUAGGAGCUGUGGUGGAGUUUGCCUGUGACCCUGGCUAUACUCUGGAACAGGGAUCUGUCACCAUUGAAUGCAUGGAUCCUAACAAUCCACAGUGGAAUGAGACUGAGCCUGCUUGCAGAGCUGUGUGCAGUGGUGAGAUCACAGACUCAGCCGGUGUGGUGCUCUCUCCCAACUGGCCUGAAUCCUAUGAUAAAGGCCAGGACUGUAUCUGGGGAAUCCACGUUGAGGAGGACAAGAGGAUCAUGCUAGAUAUUCAAGUGUUAAAUAUCGGGAAGAAUGACCUGUUGACCUUUUAUGAUGGGGAUGACCUUACAGCCAAAUUGCUGGGUCAGUAUGGAGGAUCAAAGUCCCGCUUUAAGAUCUACACCUCCACUGCUGAUGUCACCAUCCAGUUUCAGUCUGACCCUGCCACUAACGUCUAUGGCUAUGGAAAUGGUUUUGUGGUCCACUUCUUUGAAGUAGCUCGUAAUGACACUUGCCCUGAGCUCCCUGAGAUCUCUAAUGGCUGGAAGAGUACGUCUCACCCUGAGUUGGUUCAGGGCACCGUAGUGACUUACCAGUGUUACCCUGGUUAUCAGGUGGUAGGCUCUGAACUACUCAUGUGCCAGUGGGACCUCACCUGGAGCGGCGAUCUCCCGAGCUGUGAGAGAGUGGUGUCUUGUACUGACCCUGGAAAGGUGGAGCAUAGCAGACGGGUGCUGUCAGGUACUCAUUUCACCGUAGGUUCAACUAUCCAAUAUAUCUGCGACAAGGGCUUCACUCUGUCUGGAAACAGCCUGCUAACCUGCUUCAGUCGGGGAUCAUCAGGCCCCAGGUGGAGCCAGAAGCUACCUAGAUGCCUGCCUGAGACCUUCGAGCCUUGCAAUCAUCCAGGAACCCCCACCUAUGGGAUGCCCAGCUCUAACAAGCUCCACUUCCAGGCUGGAGAGACCCUGCAUUACUCCUGCCAGACUGGCCAUCAGCUGCUGGGUGAACCUCUUCUCUACUGUGUCCCUGGACACCCAUCCCAGUGGAGUGGGCUGCCACCUGUCUGCAAAGCCCACCCAACAGAGUAUGAUAAGCACAGAGUAGCUGUAUCUACUGCAGACCUAAGGAUGGAAGGAGCCCAAGUAGCAUUGGCUGUCUUCAUCUCCAUCACCUUCUUCCUCAUCCUCAUCAUUGGGCUCUACCUUUAUUUUUCAAAGUUCCAGAGGAAGCCACUAAGACUCACUCUGUACUCCAACUUACCAUAUGAAAAUAUCACUGGAGAGUCUACACUUUACAACUCAGUUUAUGAGACAAUGAACAAUGAGGAAUCCAGAGAAUACGAGGUUUCUAUCUGAAGACUCCAAUGUAUGCGUGUGUUUAAUGGACAGAUAAGAUGCCUGCUGGCCUUUUCAACAUCCCCCACACUUAUUCCUUUGCAACUCGCUUGACACCUCCACCCUGGUUUCUCUACACUGAAUAUAAACUUUUCUUUAUUUACCUGACAGAGGACACCACAGCACCCCUGGAAAAGCUGAGCUACCAGAAUAUUUUUCUAGUUCUUCAACACUUACCGUCCAGCAGCAGUUUGUACAGUUUUUAACGCUGUGCUCACAUCCUGAGAACUUUCGGUGAAAAGUACCAUCUCAGAAAGCAGAGGGAUCAAUGCAAAGCAAUGCCAUUAAGUGCAUAUAACCACAGGUGUUAGGCUGUGUUUUGUACAUUAUACACAUUGUCGUCUAGCACCAUUAAAGGAACAAUGCUUACGGAUUGUUGGGAUAUGGUACAUUGGUAUAUAAGGAUUUUACACUUUAAUGUUAGAAAAAAGCAACAGUAUUCACAAUUAUCUGAU